AUGAACACUAAGAUCGGAGCACCGGAUGGAGAGAAAGGUAUCUCCGGAGGAGAGAAAAAGAGAUUAGCCGUCGCUUCGGAACUAUUGACGAAUCCAUCGAUUCUAUUCUGUGACGAACCGACCUCUGGUUUGGACUCAUAUAUGGCUUUAAAUGUUGUAGAAGUGCUCAGAGAUAUGGCACAAACGGGACGGACUAUAGUUUGUACUAUACAUCAGCCCUCGUCCGAAGUGUUCGCACUUUUCACUCAAUUACUACUUAUGGCCGACGGAAGGGUCGCUUAUUUGGGCAGAUCAGAGAAUGCGAUCGAGUUUUUCUCAACACUUGGCCUCCAGUGUCCAAAUAACUACAAUCCCUCCGAUUUCUAUAUCAAACAAUUGUCUAUCAUUCCCGGCAAUGAAAUUGAAUCCAAGCAAAAGUUGAAUAAUAUAUGCGAUCGCUAUCUGGAGAGCACUUACUCUAAGUUAGCACUUCCGCUGCCGGCCAUUGAAAAUAAUGAUAAUUUUAAGAUUCAAACUAAAACAAGUAAUUCAAUUUACAAAACCAAUUGGUUUGUACAGUUUUGGGCGCUCCUAUGGCGGGCAACAUUGGCCGCAAUUAGGGAACCCAUGUUAACCACUGUUCGUUUGGGACAGACUGUCAUACUGGCUGUAGUAUUUGGGCUAAUCUAUUGGCAGUUGGAUGUGAAUCAGGCGGGGAUUAUGGAUAUAAACGGCGCUCUCUUCCUAUUGAUAGCAAACAUCACUUUUCAAAACAUCUUUGGAGUCGUCACUCACAAUAACGGCAUGUAUAGAGUGAGCGCCUACUUCUUGUCCAAGAUAUUGGCUGAGUUGCCAUCCUUUAUGUUCAAUCCAUUACUAUAUCUCUCUAUAUUUUAUUGGAUGGUUGGCCUCAACAGCGGAAUCAAAGAGUUUUUCAUUUGUGUCGCUAUUUGUCUAUUAGUGGCCGACACUGCCUGUAGUUUCGGAUAUUUGGUGUCGUGUAUGAGCAGUGGCAUAACAAUGGCCCUGACAAUUACACCGACCAUCAUAAUGCCCAUGAUGAUAUUCGGUGGCUUUUUUCUAAAUAAUGAGUUAAUUUUAAUCUUUAAUGAUUGUAUGUAUGAUCGCACCUAUAGCUCAGUACCCGUGUAUUUCGUGUGGUUUAAAUACAUUUCGUGGUUUUAUUACGGCAACGAAGCCCUGUCUAUAAACCAAUGGAAAAGUAUUGAUCACAUCGACUGCGAGUUUAAGAUGCCUACAAACCAGACAAUUAUGACUCCCUGUAUACCAAAUGGCAAAGUAGUGAUCGAGACGUUGAACUUCAAUGAAGACCAUUUGAUCAGAAAUAUCCUGCUAUUAGCGGUCCUCUCGUUUGUGGUCAGAUUCUUGGCUUUUAUUGCGCUUUGGAUCCGCUCUUUGAAACGAUAA